AUCAACAACUCCUUGAACAUUGCUGGUAUCUAUAUAAUCAAGUGCAAGAAUGAUGAGGUAGAAAUCCCAAUUUUCAUAAAAUCUGAAAUUCUUCAAUUGAAAUUGACCCAAUUGGCAAUAUGGGAAAGAUUGUACGGCACCUCAUAUAUCAUGGAGUAUUUGAGCGAAGUGUUCAUCUUGUUUUACGAACUAUUCAACGUCAAGUACGAAGAGCAAAUCUCGAGCGGAUCUAAGAACUAUCUUAUCGACUCAAAGUGGAGUCACAGGCCAAGCUUCAUCGACCCCAAAUACAUCAAGGACCCGGUGAUACAUACAACCAAGAAACAGAAUGCUAAAAACACCAUUAAAAAAAUCAGCAAGAUUAGCAAUGUUAAACAAGAAUUAAAACCUUUGCAUAAAGACACUAUUGACGAUGAAGCUAAACAAAUAUUACAUGAUAUAUGGUUGUGGUCAUCGAAAAUCUACUUCAAAAUUGGUAUGUAUGAAGAGAGUGAGUUAUGCAUCAUCGAAAGUGAAAACAUACACAAGCCAAAUGUCAAGACAUACAUUGCUUUGGGAUACUUGACAUCCCAACACCAAAAAUUCUUAUCAUUACAAGAGUUCGAGAAAUCGCUUGAAAAGUUGGAGGAAUUCAACGGGUUUGACAAGACCAGCUACUUGGAAAACUUGUUAGGAUUGUGUAAGUUAUUCUUACUUGACGACUCUACUGAAUCCUCCUUGUUCAUUUCUGCCAAAGACAUGAAUGGAGGAAUCAUCAGAUUGAAAAAUUACUUGGAGAAUUUUCUUAAUUGUUGGCCUAUUGGCUACAACUGUGUAGAGGUAUGGUAUUUCUUGAGCUUGAUCUACGAAAAAAUUGAUGACAAGAUCUUAUUGAACAAGUGUUUGAAGAAGUGUAUCGAACUCGAGAAUUUGCGGCCAGUCAGAAGUUUUUUCAGCUGCGACGAUAAUUUUUCAUGAGAAAUGAGAACAACAAAAAUUGUAUAUAUAUAUAAAGCCUUACAUCCGUACAAAUAAUAUGGAAGCCAAACAAGUAUUAUAUUGUGACGUAUGUACGUUCCCACCUGAGUACUGUGAGUUUGGCUUGAGUUUCAACCGAUGCAAGGAAUGGUUGCAAGCCAAUCACUCCGAUUUGUUCAACAAGUUGUACAGUGAAGAAGCAUUGGCCAAUGCUACUUCCACCUUAAGUAUCGAAAAAGAAGCGGCUAUCACCCAAGAUUUGGCCAAAAAACAACAAAAGGAAGAAGCUAGAAUAGAAAGAGAGUUGGCUAAGAAGUUAUCAUCCAAGGUUACCAUCAAGAGAAUCGAGCGUAAUAAGCGCAAGCACAUCAUCUCCAUCUCGGGAUUGGAAGUUUUUGAUAUCGAGUUAAAAAAAUUAUCCAAACAAUUGAGCUCAAAGUUUGCCACUGGAUGUUCCAUUACUAAGACAGCUGAUAAGAAGGAAGAAAUUUUGGUUCAGGGUGAUUUGAGCGAAGAGGCCAAGGAAUUCAUUGAAAAAUUAUUGCAAGAAAAAGGGUUGGACGAAGUGAAGGUGGAACAAAUCGAUGACAAGAAGAUCAAGAAGAAGGUGGAGCAAAUCGAGGAGAAGAAAACCAAGAAAAAGUAGUAGUAGCAACCAUAGGAAGCGAUUUGUAUGACAAUAAACGACGAAUAC